AUGACAGAAAAAGCUGUCAUUGUAAUGGUGGGGCUGCCGGCGCGAGGGAAGUCAUACAUUGCACAACGGAUCGUCUCGUACUACCGCUCGGCCUAUGGCGACGGCGGGGGCUGUCGGCUGUUCAACGCGGGAAAAGAGCGUCGUUUUCUGGCCGCGGACGCUCAGGAUGCGCCACCACACCCCGCCCUGUAUCGCACAGUGACACACCAGCCGCAUCAGCCGCGCCAUCCGGGUGACAGUGCCGAAAUAGAUGAUGACCUUAGUGGCGCUGAAGCAGAAGUCGGCACCGGCCCGGCGCCACCGCAGACACUGUUCGACACACAGAACGACGACGCGGUGCGCGCCAGGGACCAGAUCGCGCUCGCCACUGUGCAAAAGAUGUGCGUGUGGCUCCAGUCCGACAACGCGCACCGUGUCGCCAUUUUCGACGCCACCAACACUACGGCAGCCCGGAGGGCAAUGGUCGUCGACACCAUCCGUCUGCACACGUCGGGACAGACCCCCGUUAUAUUUAUUGAAAGCAUCUGCACGGACGCGGAGGUUAUCCACCAAAACAUUGUACACAAGGUGCGCCACUCGCCGGACUACUUGGAGGAUCCGGACAAACACUGGUGCUACCUUGAUUUCAAGACGCGGCUUGAAAACUACGAGCGGAUCUACGAGCCCUGUGACCUUGCGGCAGAGUUUCCGCAACAGGAGUUCUCUGAGUCUCUUGCUCUUCUUCGGGUUGUCAACCAAGGCGCCAAGAUACAGCUACAGGGCCAAGCCUCGCCUGCGCACGAAAGCACGCUCAUGUGUCUCUUGCACGGUAUUUACCACAACACGCUGGAUGCAGCGACCUUCCUCCCGCUUGCACUCGACACUAUCACGAAGGCUCGGUCCGCGUGCUCCUCCACUUCUUCUUCGCUCUUUUCACUCUCGAGCCUAAUGCUUUCCAGUAACGCGACUGAGGAGGAGAGGGUUCGAGAAUCUGUGGACGAGGCCGCUGCCAGCGACCCUAAGCCCCCGAACCGGGCGCUUGAGCAGGAAUUGGAACUGAUCCUAUCCGGCGCAGCCUCUCGGGCUGAGCAAGGAUCUUUACGACGAGACGCCAACGAUUAA